GUACCCGGGACCCGACUGCCCGACCUUUCGUGCUUCUUACCUUCGCCUGUCUCCCUGCUUCCUUCUCCACACCCCAUCUGCCUGCCCUGUCCCAUUCCAUCCUAUCCAUCCAUCGUUACCCACACUUCGUCGAUUCACCACUCUUCACUCGCCCGCCGUCCCCGUCUCCGUCGCCCGUCACUUCACUCAAAUGGUCGCCGGCCCAUUUCCACCUCGAUUCUCGACGACCCUCGAGAGUUUCGCCCUCUCAUAGUACAACGCUUCCAUUCUGGAUUGCUCGAGCCGAAACCCCCCUUCACCAUGGCGAUAGCCAUGGGCUGGCAGAAGCCCGACAAUGUCGCCGGCUCGUCGGCCCCGGCCAUCAUGGUCGGUCUGUUCGUCGCCUCAGGCGGAUUGCUCUUUGGCUACGACACUGGAACGAUUAACGGUAUCCUCUCCAUGACGGCCUUCCGACGAGACUUUUCCACCGGUUAUACCGAAAACCUGAAGCCUGCUAUUUCGCCCGCCGAAUCCUCCAUCAUCGUCGCAAUUCUAAGUGCCGGGACAGUCCUCGGUGCUCUCCUCGCCGCACCCAUCGGCGAUAGUUGGGGCCGUCGCAUUUCGCUCAUCUUAUCCGCCGGCGUCUUCAGCUUUGGCGGUAUUUUCCAAGUCUGCGCGCAUGACAUCCCAAUGCUCUUGGUCGGAAGGUUUUUUGCUGGUGUCGGCGUCGGAUCGAUCUCAGUUCUCGUCCCAGUCUAUCAGUCAGAAAUGGCCCCGAAGUGGAUUCGUGGUACACUCGUCUGCGCCUACCAACUAUCCAUCACGAUUGGGUUAUUGUCUGCGUCCUUUGUCAACAUCUUGACCGAAAGGCUGGACUCGGGCGCCGCCUACCGCAUCCCGCUUGGCCUUCAACUUGUGUGGGCCGUCGUCUUAACCCUCGGUCUCCUCGUCCUUCCCGAAACACCACGCUUUCUUGUCAAGAAGGGCAAGCCAGAAGCCGCGGGCUUAUCACUCAGUCGCCUCCGUCGCCUCGAUAUUACCCAUCCCGCCCUACUCGACGAGCUCCAGGAAAUCGUGGCAAACCACGAGUAUGAACUCACACUUGGCCCGGACUCAUACAAGGAAAUAUUUUAUGGGUCGCCCCAUCUUGGUCGAAGAACUCUCACUGGAUGUUGCCUUCAAAUGCUGCAACAACUUACGGGUAUCAACUUCAUCAUGUACUACAGCACGUCCUUCUUCGAUGGCGCCAGGGUUGAGAACCCUUACGUGAAGGCUCUCAUCAUCAACAUCAUCAAUGUUGUUGGAACAGUCCCGGGACUCCUUGUCAUCGAAUCAUGGGGCCGUCGCAAGCUGCUCAUGGUCGGUGCCAUCGGCAUGGCAGUCUGUCAACUCCUCAUCGCCUCCUUCUCUACAGCUGCCGGAGAGAACCUACAGCAGGCUGCGCAAACCAUUUUGAUCGUCUUCUGCGCCAUCAACAUAUUCUUCUUCGCAGCAUCGUGGGGCCCCGUGUGCUGGGUCAUUACGUCCGAGAUAUACCCCUUGAAGAUCCGUGCAAAGGCUGCUUCUAUUUCGACCGCUUCCAACUGGCUCUUGAACUUUGGCAUCGCUUACGGUACUCCAUUCAUGGUUGGUCAGGGACCCGGCUAUGCAGAUAUUGGUCCCAAGAUCUUCUUCCUCUGGGGUGCCUUUUGCAUUCUGGCCGUUCUGUUUGUGUGGUGCAUGGUCUUCGAGACCAGCAAGAUCAGUCUUGAGCAGAUUGAUGAGAUGUACGAACGUGUCGACUACGCCUGGAACAGCACCAGGUUCGAACCCAGCUGGAGCUUCCAACAGAUUCUAGACGAAGGGUGGUCGCCUAGUGGUCAACCCCCACCGGAACACGAACUGCAACAAACACAGACAAAUUCCACUUCACAAACGACGCAAACCUCACAAACAAACUCAAAUUCAGCAACAUCAACAAACACCGGCGCGACUGCAAGCUCGACGGAAGCGGAAGCAAAGAUGUUAUCCCAGAUGGGUAAUGUGGACUUCAGUUAUUGA